AUGAAUCACCCCGUCGCUCCUGCCGAUGCCAAAGGCUCGUUGCCAACCUGGACGGGAGUGCAAGGGUCAGACGAGGCUGAUCAUAAACUGCUCAAGCCCACGACGCGCGAGACGGCUCGGUCGCGUUGGGGAUCAGAUUUUACCGUGGACUGGGUUUCUGGAAAUGGAAAAGGCACUAUACUUGAUGAAAGACAUAACAACCAGAGGACUAAUUUCCUGAUGGCAAACGAUGUACGCUCAUUGAGCGAUUUAGAGCUCGUGAAGUCUAGAAGACAACCAGGAGAGGACAAAUGGCUUAGGCACUUACGAUCCGCCCUGUCAACGGUCGGCACUCUUGCAACAGAUAUUACACGCAGGUUGGAUUAUACAUACUACAGUCUGCUUGAGAAAGUCGCUGCUCUCACUUCAACAUUUGCAUCUUUUCAGGAACUCUCCGAUUCCGCAUCAACCAUAUUUGAUGAUAUUGAGCGGGAGACGUCUGUGUUGGAUGGCGAUAUUCGGAGACAGAUUGCAGACCUGAAGGAUUUUCAGCCCCAGAUGCGGAAAAUAGAAAGGCUAGAAGAGCGUAUGCGAUCUGGGAAAAAGAAAGCCGACGCACUUGGGAAGAGACUGGAAGCAAUCCGCAACCGAAUCGAUCUUUGGGAGGAAAAGGAGGUGGAAUGGCAGACACGAGUUGGUCGAAGGCUUCGAGUCUUCUGGGUUAUUGUUGCUCUUAGUGUACUGGUUUUCUUGGUCGUUCUCAUCAGCCAGAAAUCCUCGGCGAUCUGUAUUCCAUUAUUUGAGAGUUCUGUACCCGUUGAAAUGGGGGACAGACGUGCUUCUGCACUGGCCAUCAGAUUACCGGAGCCAGCUUCUGGCGAAGUAUGGUCUCGAGAUGACUCUUGCAGCGAGACUCGUCCGGGAUGUAAUCGGAAGUCCCAUUCGGCCCCUACACCGUCCUCUCCAACAUUCAAUGCAAUGACAACUCAUGUUAGCUCGGAUCCCCUAAGAAAAAUUGAUGAACUUUGA